AUGUUGGACCCUAGGAAAGAGAAGGAGAGGCGAUUGGAAGAGUGGCGGAAAAAAUGCGAGCAGGCGUUUCUGUAUUUCGAGACGAAGGAAGGGACCAACAUCAUCGAGCAGUCGGACUUGGGUUCCGUGGUACGGUCCCUGGGGCUGAACCCGACGGAGCAGCAAGUUGACAUGAUUCUAGGACGCGUCAAGGAGGUCAGCAGGGACCCGGAGGCAGGUUUCGUCCACCUGGACGCUUUCCUCAAGGCGCUGCCCAAGAUGCUGUUGGAGAACCCGUCACAGUUUGUGCGUGACAGCUACCACAAACUCAUGCGGGCGUUCCGCGCGCUCGACAAGGACAACAACGGGUACAUCACGUCCGAGCAGCUCGUAUCAGCGCUGCGAUCAGACGACUUCGGCGGCACGGGCCUGUCGGACGAGGAGGUGGAUCAGGCGCUGCUCGCGGCAGCCGACCCGGAGGACGGCAGGAUCUACUACGAGGACUAUGCAUACCUGUUGGCGUAUGACGGGCGGGAACUGUGA